AUGCCGCUCACCUUCAAACCAUGGCCUUUCCUACCCAACCCGCCCGUCAUGGCUGAUCCGGCUCUGAAGUAUGUGACGCUCGUGUCUCGCGAUGGCUUCGAGUUCAUCCUUGAGCGCGAACAGGCAUGCGUCUCUGGAACCAUCAGCCGCAUGCUGGACCCCAAGAAUGGUUUCGUGGAGGCAAUUACUGGCCGCUGCGUUUUCGAAAACAUCAAUGGUGUUAUUCUCCAGCUAGUCUGCGAAUAUUUUCUCUACAACCAUCGCCACCGAAACGAGCUGAAUGUCGAGGACAUGGAGUUGCCGCUGGAGCUCUGCCUUGAGGUUCUGAUGGCUGCGGACUACCUGGACUGUUAA